AUGAGCUUUGAAAAUAAUGAAGAUCGCAGGCCGAACACAAAGCCCCUCCACUUUCUUCUCGUUCCACUCUUGGCUCAGGGCCAUAUGAUCCCUAUGGUCGAUCUAGCGCGCCUCCUUGCUGCCCGUGGCAACCUUGUCACCUUCGCCACCACCCCGAUUAACUUGACUCGCAUCCAGCCCAUCGUUGAACGGGCCGCCGCCGCCGCCUCCUCCACCCUCCAGAUCCGCUUCAUUGAACUUAGCUUCUGCGUUGCUGAUGCCGGCCUCCCCGAUGGAUGCGAGAACAUCGACCUCCUCCCCUCCAUGGAUCUCUUAUUUCCUUUCUUGAAUUCCCUCCACCUCCUUCGUGAACCACUCGAGGCCCACCUUCAAGCUCCAGACCCAUUCCAAUGGCCCCGACCUGCUUGCCUUAUCUCCGACAACAUUCAAAAUUGGACUAUCGACUUUGCCCGCGCUCUCGACAUCCCUCGCCUCAUCUUCCAAGGCCCGUCGUGCUUCUUCCUCUUAUGCGAUCUGCUCAUUAAUCGACAUGUGGUCGAGCUUGAGGCUGCCAUGGAGGCGGCAUCGGGCGGCCCCAUCAUACUUCCAGGCCUAACGCGGCCCAUUCGAAUCAGCAAGCAUGAGCUGAUGUUGACCUUGCGCUCAGAUCCUGGCUGGCUCAAAUUUAUACAAACCAUGACGGAAAUAGAAGAGACUUCCGAAGGCAUAAUCAUCAACAGCUUUGUCGAGCUCGAGUCGUGGUACAUAGAAAGGUACCACGAGGAAAUAUGUAAACCAAUCUGGUCUGUCGGACCGCUCUCGCUCUAUAGCGAGGAGGACGACGCCAAGGCGGUGCGCGGGCGGGUUUCAUCUAUUGAUAACAAGUUCCUCCUUCAAUGGCUGGACGGGAAGGAACCCGGUUCAGUGGUGCUCGUUAGCUUCGGGAGCAUUGCACACAAUACGAUGGAGCAGAUUGUGGAGAUUGGCCACGGGCUAGAAGCCUCGGUCUGGCCUUUUGUUUGGGUGGUGAAGGAGGCGGCGGCGGAGGGGAGGGUUUCAGGGCUUGGGGAAUGGAUGACGGAGUUUGAGAAGAGGGUGGCGGGGAAGGGAAUAGUAAUAAAAGGGUGGGCACCUCAGACAAUGAUUUUGAAUCACGUAGCGGUGGGGGGAUUCGUGACGCAUUGCGGGUGGAAUUCGACGCUGGAGGCGAUCGCGGCGGGGGUGGUGAUGGCAACAUGGCCGCACUUUGGCGACCAAUUUUUUAAUGAGCGAUUAGUGGUGGACGAGCUUAAGAUCGGUGUAGCAGUUGGUGUGGAGAAGCCGACCAUGUUUGGGGUAGAGAAUGAUGGUGAGGCGGUGGUGAAAGUAAGGAGGGGCGAGGUUGAGAAGGUGGUGGAGAUGUUAAUGGAGGGAGGAGAUGAAGGGAAUGAGAGGAGGGAGAGGGCGAGAGAGCUCAAACAGAAGGCGAGGAUGGCGAUGGAGAAAGGAGGGUCUUCAUGGAAGGGACUGCAGGAUGUAAUCAACUAUGUGCUGGAGAGUCAAAUCAGCAAAAAUUAG